AUGACAGUCUUCUCCCUCCAGACGGAUUAUCAAAGUACACCGCAAUACCGAGAAUAUCUGCUCGAAUGUCCAAUAACACAUUCCAUUUCUCAGAACGAUCUUAUUAUUCGAAAGUACCUUCAGCCUCGAGCUGCCCGCCGCUGGAGUUACCUUAGAGCUCGAAUCCUCUUAAUCAGAAGCGACCAAUUAGACAUCGAUUGGCAAAGCUCUGCCCGCGGCCGAGGGCGGGAAUGGGGAGUCGAUAUCGGUGCGGAAGCCCAGCACCUGGACACGGGCAGCACAGAUUCAACUCCGCGGAAAGAGGGAAGGGGCUACCAGGAUGCCCGUUCACCCACCCGCUCGCCUGAGCGUGCCUCCGCCUCCUCCCGAGCUGCCCGGCAGGACCUCGGAGCCCUGUCCUAUCUCGCAGCCCCGGAGCCGCCCCCGAGCUGCGAGGAGGUCAGGUUUACCAGACGAAGAGAAGACUGCGUCCGGGUGCCCCGGCUCCGCUCGGCCAGGGAGCAGCUGCCAGGUGCAAGGAUCCGCGAAGCGCCGAGCUCCCAGCGGGCAGCUAGGCGGCCGCCUGGCUGCCACUGUCGCCGCCACGGAGCCGCUGCCUCUGCCUCUGCUCCCGGACGGCUCCAGCGACUCCUUUCCCUCCCUCCGCCCGCCCUCUGGCUCAGGAUCGGCAGGGGUCUCUCUCUCUCUCUUUCUCUCGCCUCACUUCUCUCCUGCCUCCUCUCGGCUCUCCUCGCCUCUCCGCCCCUCCCCCCUAUCUCUUUCUGCCUCCCCCUGGCUCCCUAUCACAAGUGCGGAGUUAAGUUCCAACCUCCCUCUCCUGCCUCGUGGACUUCUCUCGCGUAUCGGAGAGCAGCCCCUUCCAGCCCCAAGGGUGAUGGUGCUGGGAAGGAAAGGGGACAGGCGAGGAGACGGGAGCUACAGCUGCAGCCAGAAGGAAGCUGAGGCUUCAGAAGAGGCUUGCCUCCAGUGUCCUCUGCUGUGGCUAAAAGAAGAUCUGGUUGGAUCCCAGUGAGACCAAUGUAAUCUCGAAGGCCAACUAUCAGAUCUGGAUCAGAUCU